AUGAAUUUCGAUACAAAUUCAAAAGUGUCUUCAAUAGAAAGUUCAAUUCAUGGAAUUCGCUACAUUGCUGAUAGCAAAUCAGAUAAAUCUGUUAGAAUUUUCUGGUUAAUUAUUUUUUUGAUGUCGAUAAUUGGUUUUUCAUUUUAUGUCUACGGGGUUUAUUCAAAAUGGAUGUUAUUACCAGAUAUCGGAAUAACUGCAGAUUUCAAACCAAUCCGAGAAAUUCCUUUUCCGGCUGUAACAAUUUGUGCACCAAUGAGUAUAAAAAAUGAGCAUGCAAGUUUCAAUGAAGUUUAUCGUGAACUAAACUUUAACGAAUCUAAAACUUCAAAUGAAAUAGUUAUUGAUAAACAAAAAAUGAUUUCAGCAAUUGUCCAAUCCUGCGAUUCUAAUCUUUCUAAACUUUUUAAACAAAUAAUUAAGCAAUCUGCGUCUGAUGAUCUUGUUGACUAUUUAAUUAAAGGUUCAUUUACAACUGAAGAAGCUUUUCAUCAAUGCUACAUAGAUAGUGAUGUUAAGAAAAAUUGCAAUGAAAUGUUCAAUCGAAUAAUUACUGAUAAUGGAAUUUGUUAUUCAUUCAACAUGCAAGGCUUUAAUACUUUAUUUAAUAAGAAUUCAAUUCACAAUGAUUUUGAUCUAUUUUUUCGCAAAAGUAUUAAAAAUAUUGUUAAAGAUCAUUCAAUUAAUUUUGAUGAUGACUAUGAAGAUGUUGAAUGGACACUUCAGCGAGGUUUUGUUUCAAAUGACGAUAACUUAUUUCCAUUAAGGAUUAGCAGUGGCAAUAGCAUCGAAUUUAUAUUGAUGCACUCAACUGUUGAAACAAAUAAUUACUGUCCAGCAUUAAGAAAUAGCUAUAAGAUUAUUUUUCAUAUGCCGAAUGAAAUUCCAACAAAAUUUCAUGACUACAUUUAUGCAUCCAUGAAUACUCAGUUUCUUUUUUCAAUGACAGCAAAGCAUUUCAUGACUGAUUCUAGUCUUAAAAAAUAUCACCCUGAAAUUCGCAGAUGUUAUUAUGAAAAUGAACGAAAAUUGAAAUUCUUUAAAUCAUAUACGAAAGCUCAUUGUGAUUUAGAAUGCCUAGCAAAUCACACACUUAAAGCUUGUGGUUGUACUAAAUUCUCAAUGCCACGUUCAUCAGAAACAUCAGUGUGUAAUUUGGAAGAAACAGCUUGUUACAAUGAUGCAAUUCGUCACUGGCCUCAUGAUGAGGAAAACUCUUCAAGUUUUACAGUUCCAUGCAAUUGUUUUCCACCGUGCAACAACAUAAAAUAUACCACUAAACUGAUUGAUCAUGUCAACAUAGAUAGUUUGCUGAAUACAAAAAAUUUCAUUGUUUUUCAAAAUCAGAGCAAGUAA